GGAACAACCAACCAAGGCACUAGCCACCACCAACCCAUACAAUCAAGCCAAUCUGCCCACUGUCUUCAGAGCUCAGAUUGUCGUGCGCGGCUACUUGGCGUGUAGUUGGCUGUGGCACUUUUUGGAGGCCCAACGAGUAACUAUGCACCAACAAGGCGCCAACCGAGUUGGAGCGGAACAGGUGAAUGGGCCCAGCGCUUGCUCGCCCAGUUUCUUGACAAGGCAGACGGGCGCUAGACUGGGGGCCAGGAAGGCAACCACAAGGUGGGCAUCACUUGAUGCUGCCUUCGAUCUCAACCUCGGUCGGGCCGGCCGGACCUACGAAGACCCUUCCUUUGACCGCCGACAGAAGCCCGACUGGGCUUUGUGUUCCGUUGACCGCAAGUCGCCCUUAUCGGAUGGCAGUUUCCGAUAUGACAACCUCCUGCCAGGAGACAGCAAGUUGUCCAACAAGUGGCACAGUUCCUGGUACCAGCGAUCCGAUUUGCAUCCAGGCUAUCUGCAAGUUUGGAAAGACCCGGUGCGCCAGAUUCUCUCCUACUGCCGCCACAAUCGCUGUCGAUACGGGUUUCUCAUCACGGACGCGGAGCUCGUCGUUAUGCGCGUGACACCGAUGCCCACGGCAGAAAGCUCCGUGACUACCCGUCAAGCGUCCCAAGCGGAGGCUCUUGCGGCCCACUACCGGCACAUCUCGACAAGCACAACCAUGUCGUCGCUGUCAUCAAGUCUGCGAGACAUGUCGCUGGACUCCUCAUCUUCUUACCGGCCGAACGAUCUCGCUGAGGACGGGUACAUAGUCGAAUAUACCGCGCCAUCCCUUGGGGAAAUCGUGGACAGCAGGACCUUACGGUUCAGCUGGGUCUGUUCUACUUGGCUUGGCUUGCCGGCAUUGGCCCUAACACACUUAAAUUCAGCUACCCGAGCUUUGACUCGUGCUGGCCGCUGCUUGAUGGAACAUUCAUCCACAACACUACGGGCCUGGCAUUGGAGAAGGCGGUCAAGUUGGAGUAUCCGGACCCGGCGGUUGAAAGAGGGCCACGUUGGGUUGAGACCACAGACGGACAGUCUGUCCUGACUCUCAAGUCGGUGCUCACCCUCGAUAUCACCCAUCACCAAGGUCGGAAUUACUAUU